AAAGUCCAGACCGGUUGAUUUCAUUCAUGCUCCAGGCCAACGUCCUUUCUCGUUAUUCAACGCCUGUAAUUUAUUCUAUUCUCUACCCAACAGCCAGAUGAAGAGGUCUCGCCGAUUCAAGCGAGUCGCUAAAUCCAUUAAACCCAUUCAACUCAACGAUCCUAAUAUUAACGUGCAACCCGACUCUAUAACAGUUAAGGACAAAUCCAAACCCCGCCAACCCAAAACUCCUGUACUACAUUCAGUGCCUAACUCAAACCCACUUUCCUUUGAGAAAUCAAGAAUAUUACCCUCUCAGUUCUUUCAAAUUGAUGCCCUUGAUCUUGCUCCUCGUUUGCUUGGCAAGUUCUUGAGGAGAGAUGAUGUUAUCCUUCAGAUUACUGAGGUUGAAGCUUAUAGACCUAAUGAUUCAGCUUGUCAUGGUAGAUUUGGGGUUACAGCAAGAACGGCUCCAGUUUUUGGACCUGGAGGGCAUGCAUAUGUUUACCUUUGCUAUGGUCUCCACACAAUGCUCAAUGUUGUUGCAGACAAGGAAGGAGUUGGGGCUGCAGUCCUAAUACGGUCUUGUGCUCCCAUUAGUGGGUUGGAUACCAUUCAGCAGCGUCGGGGUCAGAAAACUGAGAAGCCUGUUCUUCUUACUGGGCCUGGAAAGAUUGGUCAAGCAUUGGGGAUUUCAACAGAAUGGUCUAGCCAUCCCCUUUAUUCUCCUGGUGGUUUAGAACUCUUGGAUGGGCCAGAGCCUAAGAACAUACUCGUUGGGCCACGCAUUGGGAUUGAAUAUGCUUUACCAGAACAUGUCAAUGCACUAUGGAGAUUUGCCAUUGCAGAUACGCCUUGGAUAAGUGCUCCUAAAAACACUCUGAGGCCACCUUGAUCUCGGGAGCAAUGAGCUCUAUACAGGGACUAGGAGUUGCACUUCAUAAAGUUGCAGUCAACUAUUAACCAGUCAAGUAAUAUGGAUGUCUAGCGACUGUCAUACUUUUCAACAAUCUCAAAUGUGCACCGAUUAUGAAUAUCUGACAUUUUUGAAAGCAACCCCUUGUCUGGCUGUAGUCCUUGUGCCUUUCUUAUCUAGUUGGGUCUAGAUCAUUGCAUAAAGAAAAUGCCAAUAGCGGGAGGAGACGGGUGAAGGUGUAGGGAAAUGCACAUACAUUUUCUUUCCAAGUUCUGCAAAUGAAUUUAAAUGCAUAUGCUUUCGUGAUGGAAUUUGCUAGGAGGAAGAAGAAAGAGACAAUGGAAUACAUCUUGUUUUUCUAUUACUACGCAGAAUGACAUGGGUUGCCGGCAUGACGGGCUCAUAUGAUAAACUAUCAUCUAGAUUUAGUUCCAUCAUAUUCACUGCUUGGUAACCAUCGCAAGAUAUCAGUAACUAAUUUUUAAAACAGUGAGAUUCUAAAUGUUCAAUAGCAUAAACAUCAGUAUUUUUGUUUUUUGUUUCUAAACCCAAAGUUUUCCAGUGUAAUCAAAACAUUAUUAAGAAAAUAAUUAAAUCCUUUUCUUUCGUAA